AUGAAGGUCAUCAUUCGCGCCACGGCCUCCGAGGCCUCUCACCACCUCGCCGAACACAUAAUCCAGAGCAUCAACACCUUCACACCCACGGAGGCGCAUCCCAAGUUCGUCCUAGGUCUUCCCACCGGGUCGUCACCUGAGCGCAUCUACGCCAAACUCGUUGCGGCGCACCGUGCGCACCGCAUCUCAUUCGCCAAUGUCGUCACCUUCAACAUGGACGAGUACGUCGGUCUGCCAGAAGACCAUCCCGAGUCCUACCACUCCUUCAUGUACAAGCAUUUCUUUGCGCAUAUCGAUAUCGACCCGGCGAACGUGAAUAUUCUCAACGGCAAUGCCCCCAACCUAGCCGUCGAAUGCGCCGACUAUGAAGCUCGCAUGAAGGCAGCUGGUGGCAUUGACCUUUUCCUCGGCGGCAUCGGACCGGACGGUCAUAUCGCCUUCAACGAACCAGGCUCCUCGCUUGCCAGCCGCACAAGAGUCAAGACGUUAGCAGAAGACACAAUCCGCGCCAACUCAAGAUUCUUCAACAAUGACCUAUCACUCGUGCCUAAGCAGGCGCUAACUAUCGGUGUUGGCACAGUCAUGGAUGCGCGCGAGGUCUGCCUGAUCGUUCUGGGGGCGAGCAAGGCGAUUGCACUACAAAAGACGAUCGAGGGCGGUGUCAGUCAGAUGUGGACAGCAACCUGUCUACAGAUGCACCCGAACGCUACGAUCGCCUGCGACGAUGCCGCAACGGAGGAGAUGCUAGUCAAGACAGUCAAGUACUUCAAGUCCAUCGAGACAGUCAUCGCCCACACCACACCCGCCAACCAAAGCACCGCCAUCGAGACCCUCGCCUCCCCACUGCCCAUGACCCCGCCCCCCUCCACCGAGAAAGCAGCCGGCUGGCGCGGCGCCCUCAAAGAGCUACGCAUCGACACCAAGCAAGACCUCCCCGACAACGAAGACAUGGAGCUCACGCCCGACAGCAUGUCCGCACGCGUCGCCGCCAUCGACAGCGCCAUCGGCAUGAGCCCGCCCGAAAAGCGCAGAUCCCUCCCUCCCGUGCGCCAGAGCACCAUCGAUGGCGAUUUCGGAAACAUGCAUCGCCGAGUCAGCGGUGUUGGUGCUUGA